AUGGAGGUUGACAAGGAACAACAUGAGGAUAUCCAUGACUAUAAUACAAAAUAUGAGCUAGAUGAUGGAAACCAAGAAUAUGAUUCGCAUACAGAGAAUGGUGAAAAUAAAGACAUUCAAUACAAUAGCCAAUCAGAUUCGGAAGAAGAAAUCCACAAAACAGUUCCUACAAAAUCAGGUAGGAAGAGGGGCAUGACUCGAUUGCCAAAAUUGAAGACUGAAUAUGUCAAUUCUGGUGGAAAAAAAACGUGUCAGAUUGAAGAGAAUGUGAUUUCGAAGGAGGAAAUUCCCCCAAGGUCAGUUAUGUGGUGUAAAGGGCGUGAAAGUAAAGGAGAAUUUAAGGAUCAAGAUGUUAAAAUCAUGGCUGAUAAACUAAUGGAACAUGAGAAGCAGAUAAAAGAAGGACAAGUAAAUGUUGAACCAGGAAUGGAUGCCAUGACCUUAGUUUUUGGAAAGGAAAAGGGCAGAUUUUUAAAGGGUGUCGGCAUGGGAGUCACUUACAACAGAUAUUUCAUUGUUCCUCGUAGCAAAGGGUCAUCUAAGGAAGAAAUUAAAGAUCUUAAAGUUGCACUGCAUAAUGGAAAAGCUUGA